CCAGGGACUCGCAGCUGCCACCUGCCGCCUCCCUGGGCGGUGCUGGGGACGCUGAGAACCUGCUGCCUAUCAGAGGGGGAGACGCUGGGGGAGGCGGAGUGUGUGCUGCAGGGGGACCCCAGAGGGCCUGCCGGAGUGUGAGGGAGCGAAGGAGGGAGGGAGGAGGGAGGAGAGGAGGAGCCCCAGACGCAAGCUGGGCGCGGAAGCAGCGCUGUCCCCGGACCUGGGUGCCCAGUCCUGGAAUCAUGGCCUUCCUUUCCUUCCUCUCCGCGCUGGUGCUUCUGUCCACGCGGACCCAGAGCCCAGCGGCAGCAGGAAACCCACACAGCUGUGACGCUCCCCUGGCCUCUGCCUUGCCGAGGUCCUCCUUCAGCAGCUCCUCAGAGCUGUCCAGCAGCCACGGUCCUGGGUUUGCAAGGCUGAAUCGAAGAGAUGGAGCUGGUGGUUGGACCCCACUUGUAUCAAACAAAUAUCAAUGGCUGCAGAUUGACCUUGGAGAGCGAAUGGAGAUCACUGCUGUGGCAACACAAGGAGGGUAUGGGAGCUCUGACUGGGUGACCAGCUAUCUGCUGAUGUUCAGUGAUGGUGGGAAGAACUGGAAGCAAUAUCGACAAGAGGAAAGCAUCUGGGGAUUUCCAGGGAACACCAAUGCCGACAGUGUGGUGCACUACAGACUCCAGGCGCCCUUCGAAGCCCGGUUCCUGCGCUUCCUCCCCUCAGCCUGGAGCCCUAAGGGCAGGAUUGGGAUGAGGAUCGAAGUGUAUGGAUGUGUGUAUAGAUCUGAGGUGAUUUAUUUUGAUGGACAAAGUGCUCUGCUGCACAGAUUUGAUAAAGAAUCCAUAGCACCAACAAGAGAUACUAUAUCUUUGAAAUUUAAAACCAGGCAGAGCAAUGGAAUUAUACUCCACAGAGCAGGACCACAUGGAAAUGACUUUACAUUGGAAUUAAUUAAAGGAAAGCUUGUCUUUUUUCUUAAUCCAGGCAAUGCUCCUGCGCCUCCUACAGACACUCCUGUUACUCUCACCCUGGGCAGCCUGCUGGAUGACCAGCACUGGCAUUCUUUCCUCCUCGACAUCUUUGGCACACAUGUCACCCUCACUUUGGACAAACACUCUUAUCAUUUUCAUGCAAGGGAAUCCAGUUACAUGGAUUUCAAUUUUGAGAUCAGCUUCGGAGGGAUUCCAACUCCUGAAGGAGCCCUGGCAUUCUCACAUAAAAACUUCCGUGGGUGUUUAGAAAAUCUUUACUAUAAUGGAGUGGAAAUUAUUGAAUUAGCCAAAAAACACAAAGCAGAAAUCCUGGGAAAUGUGUCCUUCUCGUGUCCACAACCACAGAUUGUCCCCGUGACUUUCUUGAGCUCCAGGAGUUACUUGGCUCUGCCAGGCAGUGCUGGGGAGAACAAAAUAUCUGUCAGUUUUCAGUUUCAGACAUGGAACAAGGCCGGCCAACUGCUUUCCAGUGAAUUUUGGCAUGGCUCUGGAAAUUUUGUCCUCUUUCUUAAGGAUGGAAGACUUAAACUGAGUCUCUUCCAGCCAGGACAGUCCUCAAGGAACAUCACAGCAGGUGCUGGACUAAAUGAUGGGCAGUGGCACUCUGUGUCCUUCUCUGCUAAAUCGAGCUGCUUGAGUGUGGUGGUGGAUGGCGAGGCAGCUGGGCAGCCCCUGGUGACCAGGCCCAUGGUGUCAGGCAGCACCUAUCACUUUGGAGGUUGUCCCAACGGCAGCUCUGGCUCUGGCUGUGAAAGACUCCUGGGAGGGUUUCAGGGCUGCCUGAAGCUCAUCUCCAUUGGCAACAGAGCGGUAGAUCUCAUCUCGGUACAGCAGGGGGCGCUUGGAAGUUUCAGCGACCUCCAGAUAGACUCCUGCGGCAUCAUGGACAGGUGUUUGCCUAGCUACUGUGAGCACGGGGGUGACUGUUCCCAAUCGUGGGACACCUUCUCCUGUGACUGCCAGGGCACGGGCUAUACUGGAGCCACCUGCCAUUCCUCCAUCUACGAGCAGUCCUGUGAAGCCCUCAGGUACCGAGGGAGCCCCUCUGGGCCUUAUUAUAUCGAUGCAGAUGGAAGUGGGCCCCUGGGACCAGUUCUUGUGUACUGCAAUAUGACAGAUGGAACCCCACUGAGCUGGUGGAUUGGAAGAACCAAUGAAACACGCUCUCACUGGGGGCACCCUCUGCCUGGGGCUCACAAGUGUACUUGUGGAUUGGAGGGAAACUGCAUUGAUUCUCAAUAUCAUUGCAAUUGCGAUGCUGACCGGAAUGAAUGGACCAGUGAUACGAUAGUCCUUUCCCAUAAGGAGAACCUACCAGUCCCUCAGACUGUGGUGAUAGACACAAGGCGACCUCACUCCGCAGCUGCUCAUGAACUGAGGCCUCUGCUCUGCCAGGGGGACAAGUCAUUUUGGAAUUCAGCUUCCUUCCACACUGAGACUUCAUACCUGCAUUUCCCUACUUUCCAUGGAGAGCUCACUGCAGAUGUGAGUUUCUUUUUCAAAACCACAGUCUCCUCUGGUGUGUUUAUGGAGAACCUGGGGAUCACAGACUUUAUCAGGAUAGAGCUGCAUGCUCCCUCGGAAGUGACCUUUUCCUUUGAUGUGGGGAACGGACCUCGUGAAGUGUCUGUGCAGUCACCCACUCCCUUCAGUGACGGUCGGUGGCACCACGUGAGGGCGGAGAGGAACUUGAAAGGCGCUUCUCUCCGGGUGGAUCAGCUUCCUCCGCAGAGGCGCCCGGCCCCUGCUAAUGGGCGCGUCCGCCUGCAGCUAAACAGCCAGCUGUUCAUUGGGGGGACAGCCAGCAGGCAGAGAGGCUUUGUGGGAUGCAUUAGAGCUCUGCAGUUGAACGGGAUAUUCCUGGACCUGGAAGAAAGAGCCACUGUCACUCCGGGAGUAGAGCCUGGGUGUGCGGGUCACUGUAGCAGCUAUGGACACCUCUGUCACAAUGGAGGGAGAUGUAGAGACAAACGCAGAGGGAUCGCUUGUGACUGUGCCUUUUCUGCAUAUGAUGGACCAUUCUGCUCACAAGAGAUCUCUGCCUAUUUUGAAACUGGCUCUUCAAUGACCUAUAAUUUUCAAGAAUAUUACAUCUUAAGCAAGAACACCAGCUCCCUGACAGCUUCUUCAUUACAAAAGGACAUAACAUUUUCCAGCGAAACCAUCACACUGAGCUUCCAGACCACAGAAACUCCAAGCUCACUGCUCUAUGUGAGCUCCUACUAUGAAGAAUACCUUUCAGUUAUCCUGGCCACCAAUGGAAGUUUGCAGAUUAGGUACAAGCUAGACAGACAUCAAGAACCAGAUGCUUUUAACUUUGAUUUUAAAAACAUGGCUGAUGGGCACCUUCAUCAGCUGAAGAUCAACAGGAAAGAAGCAAUGGUCUCUGUGGAGGUUAACCAGAGUGCAAAGAGAGAAGUCACACUGUCGUCGGGGACAGAAUUCAAUGCUGUCAAAUCCCUGGUGUUGGGAAAGUUUUUGGGUCGUUCAGGACCAGCCGAGGAGGGAGAGCCCUUCCUUCGCGCAGCCCGAAGGGACUCGGGGGUCAUCGGAGGUGUGAUAGCAGUUGUGAUAUUCAUUUUGCUCUGCAUCACUGCUAUAGCCAUACACAUUUAUCAACAGAGAAAGUUACACAAAGAAAGUGAGUCAAAAGUCUCAAAAAAUGAAGAGUGCUAGGGCUGUCCUGGAAAGCGCGCUCAGUAUCCAAAUGGUAAAAGUCAGAAAGACUUUGUUUUCUGAUUGACAGCUGUGGCUGAUCCAUGCUGAGACUUUCCUAGUACUGUUCCUGCCAUCAUGGGAGGUGGCAAAGCCAUCAACUUGCUGGAGUCCUGCAGCCUCAGGUGCUCCCGAGGCCCUUCUGUCCUCAGUGAGACAAGUGCACCACCACUGAUCACCACACCAGUGACUUAAGAAGGGUCAUGAAUCACUGUUGAUCAGGUCCCGCAGUUUGAAUGCUCUCUUCCAAAGCAGAGAUUUAAUUUGUAUAAUAAUUGUAGUUUUUCCCUGAGAAAAAGGCCAUGAAGUGCUGAUCCUACUUACUUAAAAAUGGAACAGAAAUUUUUUCAGGUUCAAAGACAAAGUUCGACUCUAAUGUUUUAUGUUACUUGGAAACUUAUCUGAGAUCCCUGUAUUGUUCCCCUGGUGAUACAUAUGAGA